CUUUAUCAUACAACAGAAUCACCUAUACUGAAAGUGAAGAUAUGCUGCAAGUGCGAAGAAUAUGGCCAAGCUACAAUAAUGGUGCAAUAGUUCAGCUAUUUAAACAAGUUAACGAUACCUGCUUCGAACCACGAAUGUUUGUUCGCCAAGUUUAUCAAAAUGGAACUGUCUUCGCGUUCACUAUCGAAUAUCCUUGGCCUGAGUUUAAUUUUUGCGAAAUUCCUAAUUUUGUACCUCCGAUUAAGGGCGAUCGUCCUAUACAAUUGUUUGUGUUCGGAAAUGAUCAUUUGUUUAUACCAUUUUUUCGAAUUGUUAAUGGAGCUUAUGAAGGACGAGCAAUAAUUGCUUCGGGGAGUGGAGAGAUCCUUUCUAGUGAAAUAUGGCUAGGACCUUAUGCUACGUAUACUGAGACGUUGUUUCGUACACCCAUGCUGCGAGAUGUAAACAAUGAAAAUCAAUUUUAUUUGCGCUUUGCAUCGGGAAUGGCUGACCGACUUGCCUGGACUCGUGUCAAACUAAGCCUGGAACCCUUCGAAAUAAAAGAAAUACAUUAUGGCAUUUAUAAUAAGACAAUAGUGCGCGGAACAACGAGCACUGCUUUUGUAACCGUAAGCGGUGGUCUUGCUUCUCCGCAAAUCAACAAGAUUUCUAAUACCACUGAUAACGCCUCGCAAGCUGGUUCUAAAUGGGAAGUUUACGUGUCAUUUGUGAACUCGGAUGCAAACGAGCCAACGGAAUCUUAUUUGAUAUAUGAAACUUCAGUUCCAUUUUACGAUUUGAGUGUCAGAACAUGCUCAUCUUCAUCCGAUGGAUCAG